AUGGAGCUGCUGCUGACUCUGCCGUCCCCUCUGGAGGGGAUCGAGCGGUACAUAGUGAGUGACAGGCUCCAGCUGACGCUGGAGGAGGCCGGCGAGCUCUCCAGCCGCUACCACGCAGCGGUGGAGCUGCACCUUCGCAGCAGCAGCAGCCGCGAAGCCGUGAGGGAGGAGGCGGCAGCGGAUGGCAUUGUGUCAGCUCUCACGUUUGCCCUGCGCCUCUUUAACGCCGAGAACUUUUCAGGCGAGCUCACCGCGGCGGAGAGGGCGCGCUACGGUGCCGUCUUGAACCAUUUUGGCGGUACUCUGCCCAACGGCUACGAGGGCCCGGAUGGGAGGAACAGCGACAACGAAGAGGAAGCGGCAGCGCCGGUUGCCACGUCCCCGGUGGCUCCUUCCUCAGCCACGGCUCUGACCCCCGCUCAGCGCGAGCGGCUGCAAGGCCUGUUUCUCCAGCGACUGCUGACGACGGAUGGCGAAAUGCCGGUGCCGGCGAUGCGCCUUCCUGGCCUUCUCCUUUGCAUUAUCAGUAUUGCCAAGGCAGAGCUCGAGCCGGGUGUGCCGCUGCUGCCGCUGACCUCGCCGUGGCGUCUGCGCGCCUUCUUCCGCCACCAGCUAUGCCUCUCCCAUCGCUCCAACACGGUCUUUCUGGCGUUGGCGGCGUGCGUCGACGCCGUGCUGCGGCUGCCGAGCGAGGAGCAGACGGUCGAGAUGCUGCUGGAGGUGGGCCAGGUGCAGAGAUACUACCACCGCCGCGAUCUGGCAAAGGCUACGUUCGAGGCAGCCAUGCGCCUUAGCGGGUUGCACGUGGAAGAGACGUCGAUGAUGGGGGUGCGCACCCGCUGGCAGCAGAACCAGCACGUCCAGAUGGUGCUGAACGCGACAAGUAGCCGCCCGGUUCCUCCCCAGUCCAUGCUGGAGGAACAGCCGAAGACGAUCAUGGCGGAAAAGGACGGCCACGACUUGCUCGACCGACCCCGCGAGACGCCCGAGGCGGCUCUCCAGCCCCUCACCCCGCUUCACCCUGAGGACAAGGCAAUUCUCCUUGCUCUCUGCAUGGAUAUCCGCAACAACAACCCCGACCACGGGCUCACGCGGCACCACAUGAUGACGUACAUCGAGCGGCUGCUAGCGGACCCGGCCCCGUCGCCGUUCAUGGUGCGGUGCCAGACGCUGUUGAUGCGUGCACGCCUCGAAUCACGGCGCAAUCGUGUCCAGGAACGCGCGUUCAUGCAACUCACCGAGUUAGUGGAGCAGUAUUCGGCCCGCCGCGACCCCACGCACGAGGUUUUUGGGCGGACGGCCAGCGACUACUUCUACAGCGUCGCCUUCCCGCCGGUGUGGGCGCUCAAGCGCGAAUACGCGGACUUUUGUGUCGAGGAGACGCUCUACAAGACGGCGCUGGAUGUGUAUGAGCAGAUUCUAGACUGGGAGUGCAUAAUCGAGUGCUGCAAGAAGCUCGACAAGCGGCGCCGCGCCGAGAGUCUGGCGCGCCAGAUGUUGGAGACGGAUCCGCUGAACCCGAUGCUGUGGGUCGCGCUCGGCGAGGCGACGCGCGACGACGCGCACCUAUGGAAGGCGUGGGAGCUGUGCGGGCACAAGAUGGCCGCCCCGAUGCGGGCGCUGGCUCGCCUGGCGCUGGACCGGGAACACUACGCCAAGGUAGUCGAGUACUUUGACGAGGCGGUGCGCAUCAACCCCGUUUUUGGCGGGGACUGGUUCGCUCUCGGCUACGCCUCGCUGCGCCUGGGGCGACUCGAGCGCAGCGGCGAGGCCUUCACGCGUGUCUGCCAGAUUGACCCGAGCGACGCCUUCGGGUGGAAUAACCUGGCUUCUGUUAUGCUGCGCGAGCGCAAGCUUCGGCCAUCCUUCAACGCCAUGAGCCAGGCCAUUCGCAACAACCGCCGCAACUGGCGCAUGUGGCAGAACUACUUCCGCAUCGGCUGCGAGCUGAAGGAGGUGGUGGAGACGACAAGCGCUCUCGGCAUCGCGCUGGACAUCGCGCAGCGGCAGAUCCAUCUGGAGCGUGACACGCUAGAGCUGUUUGUGGACAACACGGUCGCCUACUUGAAGGGCGAAAUUCACGGCAGCUCCCUCGACGCCGCGGAAACGGAGGGCUCCAAGGCAGACGCGCUCGUCUACCGCAGCCUCGGCAUUCUGCCAGACGAGAAUGACAUCCAUCAUGCCCCGGUGGCGCAGACCAUGGCGACAGCGGAAGAGGACGAGGAGAUCGCUGACCUGAUGCCGUUAGGAGCGGAUGUAGAGUCGCCGGAGCCCGUGACGGGUGCGGCGGCGGCGCAUACGACGAAGGAGCACGAUGCCGUCCUUGCAGGAAUCCGUCGCCGUCACGCCGACCGCGUCCGUGCGCUGUUUGCCCGCAUCCUCGAGCUCUUCGUCAGCGACCCGGACAUCUACGCGUGCGCCGCGAAACUCAUGCACUUCUUGGAUGGCCCAAUGGCGUCCUUCCGCUACCGCCAGAAGGAGCUGCGUGCGUGCCAGCAGAAGGAGCAGUGGUGCCGCGAGGAGGCUCUGUUCAGCCGCACCGUGGAGUGCCUGGAGGCAAUGGCCUCCGACGUCUUCGAGGCCUUCAGUGAGGUGCAGAACGGCGGCGCUGCCGGAGCGACGGUGCCGUACGCGGAGACGACUCCUGCAGGUACGGAGGGUGUGUCGCAGGCGCCAAUACCGCUUGCUGGCGAGGCACUGCAGCAGGCUAUCGUCGAUUCCUUCAAGGAGAUACAGACAAACAUCAAGGGGGCUCUCGACGCGGCCGAGGAGCACAUGGAGGAGCACGCGGUGUACAAGCGGCUGCGCGAGCUCUCCACGCGCGUGCGCCGCUGCGCGCAAGGAGCGCAGGAGGCGUUUCUCUGA